AUUUCAAAAUCGUUUCUGAUCGGACUACGUAGUGAGCGAAGCGCUGUGUUUGAUGCGCCCUUUGUAGUGCGCUUGUUAGGGAUUGUGACGCAAUUUGGGACAUACCUUUGGGACUAAUCCUGACACUUCACUGCCAAUGUAUUAGCUAGCAUUCGGUGCUUCGCUUUAGCUUAGCAUAGUUAAAUCCUUCACGGUGAACGCAGAGCGGUUCGGGGUUUGUUUUUAAGUGUUAAACCUGAACAUAUCAUAUGUGUCACGUGAAGGACUGCGAUAAUGGCAGAUGACAAAGAUGUACUUCGGGAUGUAUGGUACGGCAGGAUACCGGCAUGCUUCACACUUUAUCCGGACGAAGUCACAGACAGAGAAGCAGAACCGUUUUAUCUCCUCCUUCCGAGGGUCAGUUAUCUGAUGCUGGUGACCGACAAAGUCAAGAAGCACUUUCUGAAAGUCGUAAAAGCUGAAGAUGUCGAGGAAAUGUGGUUUGAAUAUGAAGGCACGCCUCUGAAAUGGCACUGUCCAAUCGGAGUAUUAUUCGAUCUCCACGCUUCAAAUACAGCUUUACCCUGGAGCAUCACUGUGCACUUUAAGCAUUUUCCCGAUCGAGACUUGCUCCGCUGCUCAUCAAGCGCCUUGAUUGAAGCCCAUUUUAUGUCCACCAUUAAAGAAGCAGACGCAUUUAAGCACAAGGGCCAGGUCAUCAACGACAUGCAGAAGAAAGAUCACAAGCAGCUGUGGAUGGGCCUGCAGAACGAUAAAUUUGACCAGUUCUGGGCCAUUAACCGCAAACUAAUGGAAUAUCCAACCGAGGAUGGUGGCUUUCGCUAUAUUCCCUUCAGGAUAUACCAGACGCUGAGCGAUAGGCCGUCCAUUCAGAAGCUGUUCCGGCCCGUUUCUUCCGAAGGCCACGCUCUGACCCUGGGAGAUCUGCUCAAAGAGCUGGUGCCUGAUGUCAUAUCCCAGGAUGAUGAUCCGAAGAAAUACCAAGUGGUGAUCCACGGCAUCGAGCCGCUCUUCGAGACGCCCAUUCAGUGGCUGAGUGAGCACCUGAGCCAUCCAGACAACUUCCUGCACAUCUGCAUCGUACCGGCGCCAAGCGACUGAACCCUGAACCUGCCCACGUGGCCCGAUAAAGGACUGUGCUGCUCCCGUCAUUCAUGGGGGACCCUUCGGAAAGAGUGUAUUCACUUUCUUUUUUUUUUAUCAAACUUCCUGCAUUCACAUUCGUCUCCCUGGCCUGCCACACCCACUGCUCCGAGAUUUGGUGGAAUGGAAAUCUUGUUCUUGUCUUAUGCAUGCCAUAGGAAUGUAAAUAACACCUUUUACUGUCUUAAUAUCCAGGUAUUACCUUGGUGUUUUUAUGUAACAGAUUAGCCUACUAGUAACAACAGACUGCUCAGAAAUAUUGCCAUUGUUUAUUUUUUCUUCACAUUUACUAAGCUGACUCAUUCUUUUUUAUCUCUCUGGAAUGCAUUUCUCUUUUUCUCUCUUUGCCUUAUGUUCCCACCAGCGUGAUGAGGCACACUCCUGAUUUUCCCCCUGGUUUUGCUUAGAGACAGGUAUCCCUGGGUAAACGGGGUCAAAGCUUUCUUACGUUUCGGCCUUUGUUUCAGUACGGUGCUCAAAAAAAAUAAAAAAACGAUUUUAAUAUUAAAAUCUUAGGCACUAAUGUUUAAGUGCAACAUUUAAGAGCUAGACUUGAUUUUAUAACGUGUAGACAAAACUUUGUGGAAAGCAGGCCGGCACUAUGGAAAAUUAUGAUACGUCUAUUAGCAAGCCUAUAAAACAAGAGAGCUCUUGGCCCACUGCUUCUAAAAAAAAAUAGGAAAGAAAACCGAAGACGACCGCACUUCCAAAAGUCUCCCUGAAUUAUAUCGAUGUCGUAUGACGUGUUUUUUUUUUGUUUUUUUUUAUAUCGGAUAAUCAUAUGUACUUUAAGCUCCGCCACUCGUUUCCCAAGGAUGCCUGCAAUCCUGCAGAAUGAGGAUGUACAUUUCAGUAUUAGCUCACUACUGAUUCAUUUAGAGCUUCCUUCAAUGCUGAGUUUAUUAUCAGGAACCGCUUAAUCUGUUAAAUCCAUUGUCCCUAUGCUGGGAAGUUCACCAACAGGGUACAAGUGCAUGCAGGGGAUCGAAAAACGUGUAAAAAUCACAAAUGGCAUUAUGGCUUUGGGAGCGAACUGUGAUUGCAAAAUUGCUGUGUCUUAGCCUGGUGUCAUUCAGACAAUUGAAUUUAAUAAUGAACUCUAAUUCAAAUUGUUCUAACGUACGAAUAAUCUGUAUAAAGACGUGAUUAUGGGUGUCCUCUUGUUUUGUUUUUGUUUUUUUUAAUUCAGAAAACAAUCUUGUUGUCAAUCUGUUGUCGUUAAAACACAGGAUGUCUAUCAAGAGAACAGCGUUAUGUGAUUGGAAGAUCAGUAAAUAUACAGAAGUAUGAAACGUGACAUUAAAACCGAUACAGCACAAUA